UGGGGGGAGAGAGGCAAAUUCCCUCGCUUGCCCUCCCCUUGGUCUGUAUACCCCCUCCUGCAGCCGCAGUGCAUUAUGGGAGUGUGUGUGUGGGGGUCCCCUCUGUGGUCCUCGCAGUUGCAGAGCAUUAUGGGAUGAAACUCCCUUUGGGCCAUACUGGCGCGCGGUGCAUAGUGGGGGAUUGGGCUGUUGCCACAAUUUCCCCCCCCCCACCCCCGAGCAUGAUGGGAUUGGGCCAUAUAGUGUUAGCCCCUAGUGCACUGUGGGUAGAGACUGCUUGUCUGCUUCUCUCUUUCUCAGUCCCCCCCCCAUGUUGCUCUGCCCCUUCUUUUCUUCUGCAGCUUCUUGGGAUGCCCUCUUGGGAUGGGGUCUCAGAGGGGCAGGGAGUGAGUUUGGGAGCCAGAGGGGUGCAGGGCCACUGCCAGCCUCUUAACCGGUUCUGCUCCUCUUGCAGGCUGGGCUGCUAGCUUUAAGGGGUGAUAUCUGAAGUACCCAAGCAUGUGGAAGUUGGGCGCUCUGAGAACAUUGGCUUUGAGGAGGAAGAGGAGGAUGGGACUUCGACGGGUGAGCACAGUGUAGCAAGCAGUGUGGGAGGAGGCGCGGCUGGCUCCUGGGGGUGGGGGACGCUUGGGUUCCCCUCCCCCCGCCAGUAAGCCAGUGUGGUCAGAGAGGAGUCGUCUGGAAAGAGGUGUCCUGCAUCCCCCCUUAAUUGCGCCCCGUGUGUGCUUAGAUGGGAGACGUGCAAGAAUUGUGGCGAGAGUCAACAUGAGUCCAUGUGAGGGCAGAUGACAGCAUCCUCUUGCUAGAUGCAUGGCUCUUCUCAAAGGAUGAUUGAGGACCCUGCCCCAUCUGGCUCACAAUCUCAAAGCGACAUGACAGACAGAAAGGCAGGGGUUAAAAUGAGGAAAGAUGCCAUUGUUUCAGUUAUAUGUACUAGGGCUGCUUUUGCCCAAGAGUCUGGAGUGGGUACAUGAUGUACUAGGCAACUGCACAUUUUCAUACCUUAAGGCACUCAAUUAAAAAAAAUAGUUCCUACAGGACAAGGUAUCUCCACCAUGCAGGAAGAAGAGGAUGAAUCUGAAGCAACCUCAGUGUCUUCUGGAGACAGCAGCCCCCCCACUCCUUCUGCCAAUGGCUAUCCAGGCCCCCGAAGCAAAGAGCCGCCGGCAGCUGCAGGGGAGUUGGUGGAUGAUGGUGGGGAAGCCGGGCAGGAUCGGCUGAGCUCUUCGCAGGCUCCCAGCCCUGAGUGGCACGAAUGCCCCGAAUGUGGACGCGGCUUUGGCACUUCACGGGCCCUGAAGGUGCAUCGCAGCUACCACGUGGGGCGCAAGCGGCCGCACAGUGGAUCCUCUUCCUCCAAGCCGCCGCCGCCGCCACCACUGACCCUCUCCAGCAACCCCGAGGGCCAGGAAGGGCGGACAGCCCUGGCCCCUGCUCGGGGUCGAGCUUUCCACUACAUCUGCGCCGAGUGUGGCCUGGGCUUUGCCUCCCCCGCCACGUUGGAGGGCCACCGCUGUGAACACGGCUGGCGCCGCAGCCCCCCGGCCCCUGCCCGUAACAAGCUCUCCCCCUCUCCUGCCCCAAGGGAGGCAAACGGCGAUCAGGACACAGAUGGGGCCGACGGACCGUACCAUUGCACCGAGUGCCCAGGAGAGUUUGGCUUGGUGUCGGAACUUCACGAGCACUACAUGCUCCACGCCCGUGGAGAGCUGUAGAUCAUUCUCUGCCCUGACCCUCCCCCCUCCCCCAGUCCAAUAGGUGGCGUCUGCUGAGGGAUCUGUCUGGCCAGGACUCAGAGAAGUGAAACGGGAACCCCGCCCCGCCCCGCCCCCUUCAUUUUUGUUUUGUUCUUUUUAGUUAGUUUUUUCUUUCUUUCUUUCUAUAUUUUUGGAAAUUACUUUAGCUGGAGGGGGAUGGAGGGGGGACACACACUCAUGACUGCUCUGAAGCAAUCCCUUUAGUGGGUCCUGCUGCCUCCACAGGGUGGGGGCACAACUGUUGAAGUCCCCGCCCACCUGCCUAGAAGAGAGGCACUGCCGGCCUCCGGCUUCUAAGGGAAAGAUGCUCCAGUUCUAGUGCCCUCGAGUCCUUGGCAAUUAUCCACGCGGGAGGCCUGUGCAGAAGGGCUUCUGAGAUGGGAGUGCUGGCCCCUUGGGGGCUUGUAGCUCAUUUUGGCCCCGGGAGAGGCUCUUUCCAGGCCCGUCCCAAGGGAGGGGAAGGAGGGGGUGGACUGGAAUUGCUUGUCUUGUGUGCAAGGGCCUGCAUCCCCCACCCACCCCCGGGCACCCUCUGACACUUUGACAUUUCCCUCUCCAGUUUGGUGCCCACUGCCACUGUCAUCAUGUUUGGCACCUGGGUGGUCCAUGCUGAACCGAAGCUGUAUUCUGUUUGUCUGUGUGCGUGCGUUUGCCUUUCCAGAGAGCGGCUUCUAGAGACGGCAUCAAAUCAGCGUAAAUCAUGAAUAUUAACAAUCUCUCCUCACAGUAGCCAGGAGAUGUGGUUUAAUAAAAGUGAUUCUGUAUGUGCGA